AUAGCUACACUUUCUCGAAUGCCUGGGAAGCAGCUGUGCACAUCUGGCGGCCCGAGCCUGUCGUCUGGGGUCUGCCGUCUGAGGUUGCGGGACUGCUUCUGUUUAAUCAGCCUGAAACUCUGAGUCACUAGGGAUUGCGGGAGGAGAGGAAGGAGGCAGCUGGGAGCUGGCCUGGCCCCUGCCUCUGCCUGUUCCGGGUGUGCUCACGGCUGCCUGCCAUAAAAGGCUGGGAGACCUGCAGGACCAUUCGUCAUCCUCCUGGAGGGCCAGGGCGGCACUGGGGCAGUCACAGGGAAGACUUAUCCUUGGUGAUCUUUGUUCCUGGGGUGGGGCCAGGUUGCCCCAGCCACCCCACCCUCACCUGGUCCCCAUCACAGUGAGACAACCCGGGUGCUGCCUGGCUUCAUGGGUGGACCAGCCUGAGUUCUGCUUACUCACUGAGGCUGCGCCGGGAUGUGCAAAGACUACAGACCUUGGUGCCCUCACACCUGGUCCCAGUCCCAGCUCUGCCAUUUCUAACCUCAGUUUCUGCAUCUGUACGCGGGGGACCAGUGCAUGGGCUUUGAAACCCGCCCAUGAGCAUGACGGUGUCUGUGAAAGGUCUGGCUCGUAGUAGGCCCUCAUGGGAUCACGGCGUCCAUUCUCCCCGCAGCCUCUGACCUCUGCAGGUCAGUUCCCAGGACAGUGGAGCCAAACACAGACCAAGUGGGAAGUUCACCUCCCUGGUACAAAGUACGGCCCUGCUACUCAUUAACCUUCAGGUGCGCCUAAACCUCUGCAGAGAGAGAGAGGGGUUCCUGACGGCAGUGACCACCCACAGGCCUGCCCCACCCCAGAUCCCUAGCCUGGGCUCGAGGAGACCAGGAGGUGAGGAAGCACUUCUGGAGGAGAGGCAGUGCUGAUGAUAAUGGCCGUGGCCUCUGAGCACCUGCUAUGCACCAGGUCCUUGCAACCACCUCUGAGGGAGGUGGCGUGACCCCGCUUUACAGAUGAGGACACUGAGGUUCUGUGGGGAGAGGAACUGCCCCAGUAUAGCCACGAUGGAGGUGAUGAACCUGAUGGAGCAGCCUAUCAAGGUGACUGAGUGGCAGCAGACAUACACCUACGACUCGGGUAUCCACUCGGGCGCCAACACCUGCGUGCCCUCUGUCAGCAGCAAGGCCAUCAUGGAGGAGGAUGAGGCCUGCGGGCGCCAGUACACGCUCAAGAAAACCACCACUUACACCCAGGGGGUGCCCCCCAGCCAAGGUGACCUGGAGUACCAGAUGUCCACAACAGCCAGGGCCAAACGGGUGCGGGAGGCCAUGUGCCCUGGUGUGUCAGGCGAGGACAGCUCGCUCCUGCUGGCCACCCAGGUGGAGGGGCAGGCCACCAACCUGCAGCGACUGGCCGAGCCGUCCCAGCUGCUCAAGUCGGCCAUUGUGCAUCUCAUCAACUACCAGGACGAUGCCGAGCUGGCCACUCGCGCCCUGCCCGAGCUCACCAAACUGCUCAACGACGAGGACCCGGUGGUGGUGACCAAGGCGGCCAUGAUUGUGAACCAGCUGUCGAAGAAGGAGGCGUCGCGGCGGGCCCUGAUGGGCUCGCCCCAGCUGGUGGCCGCUGUCGUGCGUACCAUGCAGAAUACCAGCGACCUGGACACAGCCCGCUGCACCACCAGCAUCCUGCACAACCUCUCCCACCACCGGGAGGGGCUGCUCGCCAUCUUCAAGUCAGGUGGCAUCCCUGCUCUGGUCCGCAUGCUCAGCUCCCCUGUGGAGUCGGUCCUGUUCUAUGCCAUCACCACGCUGCACAACCUGCUCCUGUACCAGGAGGGCGCCAAGAUGGCCGUGCGCCUGGCCGACGGGCUGCAAAAGAUGGUCCCCCUGCUCAACAAGAACAACCCCAAGUUCCUGGCCAUCACCACCGACUGCCUGCAGCUCCUGGCCUACGGCAACCAGGAGAGCAAGCUGAUCAUCCUGGCCAAUGGUGGGCCCCAGGCCCUCGUGCAGAUCAUGCGUAACUACAGUUAUGAAAAGCUGCUCUGGACCACCAGUCGUGUGCUCAAGGUGCUAUCCGUGUGUCCCAGCAAUAAGCCUGCCAUUGUGGAGGCUGGUGGGAUGCAGGCCCUGGGCAAGCACCUGACCAGCAACAGCCCCCGCCUGGUGCAGAACUGCCUGUGGACCCUGCGCAACCUCUCAGAUGUGGCCACCAAGCAGGAGGGCCUGGAGAGUGUGCUGAAGAUUCUGGUGAACCAGCUGAGUGUGGAUGACGUCAACGUCCUCACCUGUGCCACGGGCACACUCUCCAACCUGACAUGCAACAACAGCAAGAACAAGACGCUGGUGACACAGAACAGCGGUGUGGAGGCUCUCAUCCAUGCCAUCCUGCGUGCUGGUGACAAGGACGACAUCACGGAGCCUGCCGUCUGCGCUCUGCGCCACCUCACUAGCCGCCACCCUGAGGCCGAGAUGGCCCAGAACUCUGUGCGUCUCAACUAUGGCAUCCCAGCCAUCGUGAAGCUGCUCAACCAGCCCAACCAGUGGCCACUGGUCAAGGCAACCAUCGGCUUGAUCAGGAAUCUGGCCCUGUGCCCAGCCAACCAUGCCCCGCUGCAGGAGGCAGCGGUCAUCCCCCGCCUCGUCCAACUGCUGGUGAAGGCCCACCAGGAUGCCCAGCGCCACGUAGCUGCAGGCACACAGCAGCCCUACACGGAUGGUGUGAGGAUGGAGGAGAUUGUGGAGGGCUGCACUGGAGCACUGCACAUCCUCGCCCGGGACCCCAUGAACCGCAUGGAGAUCUUCCGGCUCAACACCAUUCCCCUGUUUGUGCAGCUCCUGUACUCGUCGGUGGAGAACAUCCAGCGCGUGGCUGCCGGGGUGCUGUGUGAGCUGGCCCAGGACAAGGAGGCGGCCGAUGCCAUUGAUGCAGAGGGGGCCUCGGCCCCACUCAUGGAGUUGCUGCACUCCCGCAACGAGGGCACUGCCACCUACGCUGCUGCCGUCCUGUUCCGCAUCUCCGAGGACAAGAAUCCAGACUACCGGAAGCGCGUGUCUGUGGAGCUCACCAACUCCCUCUUCAAGCAUGACCCGGCUGCCUGGGAGGCUGCCCAGAGCAUGAUUCCCAUCAAUGAGCCCUAUGGAGAUGACAUGGAUGCCACCUACCGCCCCAUGUACUCCAGCGAUGUGCCCCUUGACCCGCUGGAGAUGCACAUGGACAUGGAUGGAGACUACCCCAUCGACACCUACAGCGACGGCCUCAGGCCCCCGUACCCCACUGCAGACCACAUGCUGGCCUAGGCGGCCUGGCCCCAGUGCGGUUCCUCAUCUGAGAGGCUCUCCGUGCAGGCGAUGGGGCAAGACAGAAAAGUGCCUGAGCUGGGGAAGCCGGGGUGUAACUUCCUGCUGCACCCUGCGCCUCCAGAGGUCCUCCGUAGGGUCUUUCUUGGGAUAGUGUUCUGCUCCUGCUUUUCUGUCCUGGGCAUGGGUCCAGGGCCUGACACCCCCUCCCCGCCCCUGUGGCCCUGGCCACUAAAGCUUCAGACUCAAGUACCCAUUCUGUUUUCCCCCAGCAACGCCCCUCCAAACCUCCAGCCUCCCUGUCUCCAGCUGCCUGGGCCCGGAAGGGCUUUGGUUCCUUCUCUGGGUCUGAUUUUCUCACUGAACUCCACCGACCAACUGCCCUAAGCCCCCAGGGCCUCCAGGGCCCAGGUUCAAGACCCAAACCCCCAAAAUCCAAAGCUUCUCUUGAAAAGUUCAGGGACCGUCCAGGGGAGAUGGGGAGGACAUAUGGAGUGAGUCACCUGCUCCAGAAGACGCCAGCUUCUCUCUCCAGGGUGCUUAGUUGGCUUUGCCCACCCCUCACUCCCCAGGGAGCUCUGGGGACAGCUUCCUCACACCCCUGUCCCACCCACACAGCUGCCCUAGCUGACCCCGAGAAGUGCUCUUGGCUGACCCCUCUGGUGUGUGGUGAGGGGCUUUCUCUUCCCCUUCCUGUUUCAGACCCCCCCAUUUCCCGCACAUGGUGUUGGGGGCUGGGGGAGGUCCAAGCAGAGUGUUUUAUUAUUAUCGCUUUAUGUUUUUGGUUAUUGGUUUUUUUGUAUAGACCAAAGCAAAGAAAAUAAAAAUAACACAGAUG